GAAGAGGAGAGCAGAGUGCAGUCACUGCUGUGGUUGGAACUGAACAACAAGUAUGUUGGGCUCAUUCGUUCUGCUGUGGAUAUGCAUUUGCCUCCUCUUCUUCUUCUUGAAGGUUAAUAGACCCCCAAACUUUCCUCCUGGUCCACAACCCAUUCCAAUAUUUGGGAAUCUGCUGCAUCUGAGCUUGGGGAAUCCUAUGAAAGACCUGGAGAAGUUGGCGAAGCGCUAUGGGAAUGUUUUCAGUCUUUAUAUUGGUGGAAGGCCAGCUGUGAUUCUCAAUGGGCUUGAAUCUAUGAAGGAGGCCCUGGUUACCAGGGCUGCAGAUUUUGCAGGAAGACCCCAAGACCUUAUGGUCAACCACGUCACAGAAGGAAAAGGUGUCAUUCUUGUGGACUAUGGCUCCAGCUGGAAAGAGCAUCGUCGCUUCGCCCUAAUGACCCUGAAAAACUUUGGUCUGGGGAAGCAGUCCAUGGAGGAGAGGAUUCUGGGGGAGAUAUCACACAUCAUUGCACCCUUGGCGAAAAGCGUUGGAAAAUCAAUGAACCCACAGGUUCUCUUCCACAAUGCUGCAUCCAAUAUCAUCUGCCUUGUCCUCUUUGGGUCGCGUUAUGACUAUAACGAUGAGUUUCUUAAGACCUUCGUGAAGCUCUACACUGAGAACGCAAAGAUCGCCAAUGGACCCUGGGCUAUGCUUUACGACACAGUGCCCAUGAUCCGAUACCUUCCCUUGCCAUUCCAGAAGGCCUUUCAAAAUGCUAUUUGUUGCAAACAGAUGUCUCUUGGACUCGUCACUCAGCAUAAGGAAACCAGGAUUCCUGGUGCGCCAAGGGACUUCAUUGACUGCUACCUGGAUGAACUAGACAAAAGAGGAGAUGAUGGAUCUUCUUUUUCAGAGGCCCAACUCAUAAUGUACGUCCUGGACUUGCACUUUGCUGGAACAGACACCACCUCCAACACACUGCUCACUGCUUUCCUCUACCUCAUGACCCAUCCAGAGAUUCAGGAGAGGUGUCAGCAGGAAAUUGACACGGUUCUGGAGGGGAAAGAACACGCAUCUUUUGACGACAGACACAGGAUGCCUUACACUCAGGCAGUGACCCACGAGAGUCAGCGCAUCGCUAGUACUGUCCCCCUCAGUGUGUUUCAUAGCACCACCAGAGACACUGAGGUGAUGGGCUACAGUAUCCCGAAGGGCACUUUGAUCAUUCCAAACCUCACCUCUGUGCUGUCUGAAGAGGGUCAGUGGAAGUUCCCCCAUGAGUUCAACCCCUUAAACUUCCUGAACGAGCAGGGCGAGUUUGAGAAGCCUGAGGCCUUCAUGCCGUUCUCUGCAGGGCCGCGAAUGUGUCUUGGAGAAGGACUCGCUCGCAUGGAGCUCUUCUUGAUCAUGGUCACUCUGCUGCGACGCUUCAAGUUUGUCUGGCCUGAGGAUGCAGGGGAACCUGACUACACCCCUGUGUUUGGUGUAACCCUGUCCCCCAAACCCUACAGACUGGGUGUAAGACUGAGAGGGAACUAGUUAGGAGGAAGCUAUUCUAGACAGAGAUCAAAUAGGAUUGGUGUAAUAUAAUAUGUAAUAUUGUAAUUAUUCUACUUAAUUCAACUAUCUAUAUGUAUUUGUGCUUAACACAUUUUUGUUUUUAAUUUGUCACAAUUUGCUUAUGUGAAUAUGUUAUAUAGGACUCAUUACACACACCAUUGAUGGGGGGAUCUCUGAUGUUAGUGUUCACUCUCUACAUAAACAAUAUCGGUGAUGAGAUAAGAAAGCGUCAAAUUCAUUUAUAUGCUGAUGACGCUGUCAUGUACUCUAUCGCUUCAACGGCUGACCAACCAUUAUCACUAUUGGAGACAGAUUUUAAAAUAUUACAAGGGUCUUUUAUACAGCUGAAACUUGUUUUAAAUGCAAAGAAAACACAUUUUAUGAUUUUUAAUAGGUUCAAAAAGUUGUUUGAAAAUACACUUGCACUUACGAGCUUAGAUGGUUCCUGAAUUAAUAGGGUCUCUGCAUAUUAAUACUUAGGGAUAUGGUUGGAUGAUAAACUGUCUUUUAAAAUGCAUAUUGACGAACUUUGUAAACGGCUAAAAAUCAAGCUAGGCUUCCUCUAUAGAAACAGGACAUGUUUGUCCUCUACAAAUAGAAGACAAAUUGUGCAAGCUACUUAUGUCUGUUAUAGAUUAUGGGGAUAUUAUCAAAAUGCAUGCUACAGCAUCAACACUUAAAUCGCUGGAUGCUACUUAUCAUUGCGCACUUAGGUUUAUUACGGGUGUUAGCUACAGAACUCACCACUGUGUUUUAUAUCAAAAUGUGGGUUGGACUUUGCUGUCCAUGAGACGAGAACAACAUGCACAUAGUGUUUGUCUAUAAAGCACUUCUGAAUAAACUACCUUCUUAUCAUCACUCAUCAAUAUUAGAAUUAGAAUUCCUAAAACCAGGUCUCAAGCAUGGAUUACACUUGAGGCCCAUGCGAUUUCCACAGAGUUGGGUAUGGCUGCCUUUUCCUGUUACGCUCCUUGCCUAUGGAAUAGCCUGCAGACUAAACUUAAACUUGAGACUCUUGUCCCCCUUGCCCAUUUUAAACGUUUAUUAGAGGAUUUUAUUUUUGUAUUGCUUGUAACUGUUUCAGGUAAUGCAAGUUCUUGUUCUGUUUGGGGAAUAACAUAUGUGUAAAUGUAAUAAUCUGCUACUGUAUUUUUUUUGUGUUAUCUGUGAUCGUUUUGUUUGUCUUGUGUAAUACAACUUGCCUAGUUAAAAGUACCUAGUUGCCUAGUUAAAAGUACAAAGUACAACUUGCCUAGUUAAAUCAAGGUAAAAUAAAAAUUAUUAAACUUGCUGUUACA